GCUGACGAGGAACCAGUAGCUCCUCCUGCUGACGAGGAACCAGCAGCUCCUCCUGCUGAAGAAGAGGUGGAGGAACCUGCAGCUGUCCCUGGUGGUGAGGAAGAUACAGCAGAAAGUUCUGGCAGCCCAAAGGAGGAGAAGCCUGCUUCAACUGUUGGAUCUCCAAUCUCUGAGAAGGAAGAGGUUGGUGAGAUUGCUCCUGCUGACGAAGCUACAACAUCUCCAGGUGAAGCAGCUCCAUCGGAAAAGAUGCCAAUCCCUUCUGUGGUGAUUGAGCCUGCCUCCAGUAACGAAGGUGAUGAUGACCGUGAUGCUGACAUAAUCUCUCCCACCACCAUCAGUGACAACGGAGUGACAGCUGAGAACCAGACCAUCAAACACAUGAGUCCAUCUGGUGGAGCGUCUGGGCUCCCUGAUGACUUUCUCUACAAGGUGGAGACGAUGCAUGACUUUGAGGCUGCAAAUUCAGAUGAGCUUGAAUUGAAGAGCGGUGAUGUGGUGUUGGUGGUUCCCACUGCUUCAGUAGAGGAUCAGGAUGCUGGUUGGCUCACAGGGAUCAAAGAAAGUGAUUGGUUAACACGUGGAGCGGGUGCACAAAAAGGACUUUUCCCAGAAAACUUUACCCAGCGUUUGGAGUAAGAAAGGUCUUCAGCUGGUGGAAAAAAAUGAGGAGAUGUUCAAGACUUCAGUGUCCAAGCUGUCCAGUCAGCAUGUAGCUAACCUUUUAAAACACCGUAUAACCUGCUGCAGCUGUCUGCUGGACAACUCAAGGCUUCCUCUGAUAGAUGAAACUAAAACUCAUGGUGAUAAAAAUCUAGUACUAUUCCCAGCAUAACUGAAAAUUAAUAAGCAUGAUGUGAUAGUAAGGUCUACCCUUCUCUGGAAGUGAGAUGUGUUUUUUGUGUUGAAAGAAAAAAAAGAUGUGUGAUUUAUUGGGAAUGUUGCAAUCUCUACAUGUUCACACAUACAAAAGGGAGAAAAAAGUUUUCCGAAGAAAAAAAAAAAAGACAAACGGUACCCUCUUUACACUGAGUGUGUUGUACUGAUUUCAUUGCUCUACUGUGGAAUAUACCAGAAUAUGUAGUGCUGUGACUUAUUUAAAUGUUUUUGAGUGUAUCAUGAAACUCUUGAUUUUGUUGGUUCUUUCAGACUGUUACCCUUGAAUCACUGUUAGUGUAUUUCUGUAAUACCAUGGUUACGUGUGUGGUGAUCUAUUUUUUGGCAGAUGUAGUGAUGAAUCAACUCUUCAAUGAGUGUUGCUGUGUUUUUGCCAAAUGACUACUGACAUUUAUUAUCUGAGCACUGGUAAACAAACUAGUGCACAUCAGCAUGACAAAGUAUUCUAAGAUGCAAAAAAUAAAGAAUCUGCCCUCUAUUGAAAAGAUCAUUGUAUAGUUGUAUAAGUCACAUGUCUUAAGAAAAGUAUAUUUUCAAGAAACGGAGCUAAUCAGAAGACAGUUUCAUCUCAUCAGCUAUUUAUUUAUCAAUCACAGGGAAGGUAUUAACAAAGGCAAUAUGCAAUCUGUGUUGGUUUAUUUCAGGUCUCCGCAUUCCAGCAGUUCUGUAGUUCAAAUAGUGUGAUGUCACUUUCUUUGAUAGUGAAGUUCAACCUCAAUGUAGACCUUUUUGUGAUGUAUAUACCAUAAACAUUUAUGUCAAGAUCAAUAAAUAAGAGUUCAUAAGGUAUAA